AUGAACAACACCAACACCAACAACCACGAGCAAACGCUCAGAUCAACCAGGUCCUCGACAAGACUCGCAAACAGGUCCGUUAACAAAUCCUCCAACGAGUCCAAAGAGAUCUCCGACCACAUUAAGUCCAGCAAAACCUCUGGCAAGUCGAGCGAGACCUCCAGCAUGUCCAAGAAGACCGACAAGUUCAACAAGGCCGCCGACAUGUCCAAAAUGACCUCUAACGUUUCCACCACCGCCUCAACCCCCAUCCCAAGUGCCGCCGUCACAACCCACCCCCUCGGCCUCUGGAACAACAUCGCCCCCCGCACUUACACCCCCCGCGCCCUCUGCUUCCCCUUCUCGCCCUCCGCUCGUCUAUCUCCUCUAACCGCAGCCUCCACCCUCCUCUGGUUCCUCCGCAUCCAACUCCUACGCAUCAUCAAAACCCGCCCUUCCUUCGCCGGCAAGUUGCAACUCGGCAUCAACCUCUCAGCCGACGAAAAGCGCUCUCUCAAAAAGAUGGAUGGGAAGUACAACCCCUGGCACGUCUACCUCCAAACCUCGCCAGACUACGAGAUCCCCUUGACAGCUCAGUACCCAGCGAACGACGGACUGAUGAGAGCAAUGUACUCGGACCUUGAAGCACGGUUUGCGCCUACCGAAGUCGAGGGUUGGCACAAGGAGUACAUGGAUUACGAAAAUUUGAGAAGGGCCGAGUUCCCUGUUGGGCCGUUCAUUAAUCCCUUGUUACACGAUUUGAGGACGCUGCGCGAGGGAGGGGAAGCAUUGCCUGCUCUUCAGAUGGAGGAGCCGUGCGAGGAGCUGUUGGCCAAGUGUCCCGAGUACAAAGAGUGGGAGGAUCAUGAACGAAACGGUCCUACCCACCCCAUCUGUCCUAGCCUUCCCGGCCACGAAGGCGAGUCGUCGACUGGUUCCUCCAAGAUCUUCGUCUUCACCUUCGCCAAAAUUGUCGAGCUCCAGAAGGAAGUCGCGGCUCAGGGCGUGAAAUCCGGUAUCUACGAGUGUCUGUCCGGUCUCUUGUGGACUUUGACGUACGUCUCUCGUGUCAGGGCUUCUUCCAUCGACCCUUCGUCAUUCGAGAAGUUCCUCCAUGACCAUUUCGCUGAGGAGCAACCCGUCUUUUCCACGCCCACAGACUGGAUCGCUCGUGUCGCUGCUUUGAAGUCGACCGACCCCGAGGUGGUGGCGUUCAAGGAGCAGAUCGCCAAGGACACGAAGGAGUAUAUGGGUAACAAGAUCACUUGGAUCAGCACCUGCUUGCCUUCCGCUUCUCUCCUAACCAACGCCGCCGCGAAGGGAGGAGACAUGGACUUCGCUGCCCUGGCAGAGAUUGUGUCAGCCAUCAACAAAUCCAGCAGCGAUAUGGCGGAGGAUAUGCCCGAGUUCAUCACCACCCGCACCAACCUUUUCCAGUCUCUCUCUCAGACUUCCCCGGGUGACGACAUCCGCCGCAUAGGCCUCUCGUUUGACCCCCGCCAACCCUCCGAAUGGCAAAUGAAUAGCUGGAAGAACUUUGGUGCCGACACCGAAUGGCGAUUCCCUCCUCUUCCAUCUUUGACGCCCCCCUCCAGCCCCAUGGUGCCUACCAACACCUUCUCUGAGUCUGCCUCGGAAUCUUAUAGUCAUCGUGAGGUCUUCAAUGUUACCAAGCCCGAUGCUGUCCGGAGGGUGCAGGCUCGGUAUGGUGUUAGCGGAGGAUUGUGGUUGCCGGCGAGGAAGGACCAGAAGAAAGAGGUGCUGGUGCAGAUUAGUUUGCCGGAGGAGGCGAUGGAAGUUUUUGAGGGGUUGAUGAAGGAGGGGAAGUGGGUUGAGCGUGUCAUUUGA